CCCCGCCCCCUCCCGGACCAGACGCACCGAGCGCAGGGCACGCACGGGCAGAUCGAGGCAGGCACAGGCGCCGUAGCCGAGACCGGGAACCCCAACGGGCCAAGCACCACCACCAACCCUAGCUAGCCACUCCCCCGUGGUCCUCCUUGACGGCCACCAUGCAGCGUCCAGCGUGCCGCCGCCCCGCGCUCUGACGCCCGCCGUCGGACGCCGGUCGCCGUCGUGGUCUAGCGAGCGAGAGAGCGUUUCUUUCUUGGUGCAGGGUAGGCGUAUAGAUCGACAUAUAUGGGCGUGAGCCUGCUGAGGAAGCAGCACUCGUCGGCGGCGGGGGGCUCGAGCGGCGGGUCGUCGAUGCCGCCCAAGGGGUGCAUGGCGGUGCGCGUGGUGGGGCCGGGCGGCCGCGCGGAGGAGGAGGAGAGGUUCGUGGUGCCGGUGGGCUACCUCAAGCACCCGCUCUUCGUGGGCCUACUCAAGGAGGCCGAGGAGGAGUACGGCUUCCAGCAGCAGGGCGCCAUCACCAUCCCCUGCGGCGUCGACAACUUCCGCCGCGUGCAGGCCAUCAUCGACGGCCAGCGGCACGGCGGCUCCGGCUCCGGCCGCCUCGUCUCCGGCGGCCACCACCACCACGGCUCCUCCUCGGGCCACCUCCACUUCCACCUCGCCGCCUGCUUCAGGGCGUGAGAUCCGUCGACGCGGAUCUCGCGCGCCCUCGCCGGCCGGAUAGACGCCGUCUCCGGCCUCGUCUCGUUGCUUUGUUAAUUAGAGUUGGUUUAAUUAGGCGGUCAGGUAUGUGAUGAUCGAAGGAUCAUGCGUGGGUUGAGUGCUAGCUAGUGUGUUCGGGUCUGCGGGCGGGCGUGUUGGAACUUGGAAACACAGAUGGAUCAUCCGGAUUUCGUUCCAGCUUGUGGUGAUGAUCCAUCGACGAUGAUGAAAAUCGAAGAUAUUUCCGAUAUUUCAGUGCCUAUAAUAGAUUAACCAGA